CACAAAUCAAAAGACCAUUCACUAACAAUGCUCAUAUCGGUUCUUGAUACGAGUUUGUAGCACUUGAGAUAAGAUAACAUGGGAUGACUACUCACAGUUUUCUGGCUCUAUUCUUGUUUCAGGAACUGUGGCAUUGCAGUAAUGGAUGGUGUUUCUACCACUGCCCGAAGUCGCCUCGAGGUGAAACAGUAUGCGGGCUCGACAGCAAGUUGGGGGCAAAACUCUUCCCGAGUCGAUGUCUCAUGUGGAAGACGAAUUAUUGCCAAACAACUGAUUAUCAGGAACUGGAGAUGCAGGAAUGCCUGGAUCUAUACCCACAAGUCUUAUACGACUUCCUGACCAUCAACCGCAGUGUGGUGAAGUAUGAGAAGUUAAAGAAGUAUUGGGGUGUCCGAACUUUCAGGCGUUUUCUUAUCAUUUUCGCCUGGAUCAGCCGUUUAGGGAUGGCCCCCUUACCUCCUUUUCCACUCUGGUUACUCUUUCGUCCUGGCUUUAGUAUGCCUCCAGGUUGGCCCCCACCAGGCUUUCGUAUGCCUCCAGGUUGGCCACCACCAGGCUUCGGUAUGCCCCCCAACUUUCCCGGGAUAUCUAUGCCCCCAGGUUGGCCGCCGCCUGGCUUGGCUGUACCUCCUGGCUGGCCCAAUCCUUCCUGGAAUCCUGAUAUUUAAAGUACUGUUGUAACCAUCAUUACUAUAUACAGUAGGCCUAUCAUAGUAAAAGAGACAUAUCUAGUUGUAUUUUUAUUGAUUUUUUUUACAAACGUAUCACUUGGUACAUCUCGUCAAUAACAAAUAGUACAGUUAUAUCAAGUUAACUUUUGAUUGGGAAACCUACCAGAGUGUUUAAGAAGGAAGGCCUCAUAUUCUAUUUGCAUCAGAACAGUACUAAAUGCUCUCGUAAGACUGGAUUCCUCCCUACUUCUAUAAACAAAUAAAUAAUUUUUACUACUAAAAAUUAAUUAAUAAACAAAAUAUUUUAACUCGUACAUUUCAACGGAGUAUUUAUGCUAGUUUUUUUGUUUUUAUUCAAUCUGUAACUCGGCACCUUUUGUAGAUAUAAAACCUUUUUGUCAAUUCAUGUUUAUAAGAAAUAGUUUUUGUACAAAAUGUUUAAAUUACGCUUAUACUAGGUAAUAAAGAAAUGUUAACCUUU